UGUCUAAUAUCUGAUCUACAGGGAGACGCUGUGAGAUGGGGCCCGGACGGACUGUUGCAUUUUGUGGGAAGGAUGAAUGCUGGCCAGAUCAAGAUCCGCGGACAGCGACUGGAACUCUCGGAGAUUGAGGCAGCCAUUCACCGAACGGGCUUGGCUAACGAUGCUGCCGUCGUCCAUCUCAAAUCACACAAAGGCAAGGACGAUCUGCUCAUUGCGUACGCUGUCGCUGCUGCGCCGACUUCGGCUUCGCAAUCUCAUGCUCUCUCACUCCGGCUACUCGAAUCGCUGCGCAAGACUCUUCCAUCGUAUAUGAUCCCUCAUCUCGUGCGCUGGAUCCCGACUCUUCCCCUGACGCCUAACGGCAAGGUCGAUCGCCCCCAGCUCCGAGCCCGUGCCGCCGCCGCCGCCGAUAGCGUGCUGACUGAUGACGCGGAAGAAGGUGAAUCGGGCGAGCCCGAGGAUGAGGUUGAGGCGCGCCUCUGUAGGAUCAUGGAGGUUCUUCUCGGGCGCAUACCGAUCCGUCGGUCUUCGAACUUCUUCGACGCAGGCGGCCAUUCGCUCCUUGCCUCCCGUUUGGUAUUCCGGAUACAAGAGGCUUUCGACAUCCCAUUCGCUCUAAUGGACGUCUUCCACACCCCCGUGGUCAAGGCAAUGGCGAACAAGAUCAGGGAAGCGAUCGCUGCCAAGCCAAUCGAACAACCAUCGACUGCUGCCGCAUCCGAGAAGUUCCACGUACCGCAGGUGCUCGUAUUUUCCGAAGAGCCUCGCAAGCCGUUCCUAUUCUGUGUUCCCAUGGCCACAGGUCUCGGUCACAUGUUCAGCGCGCUAUCUCGCUCCACCGACCUCUUCAACGUCGUCGCCCUCAACGACCCUGGGUAUGUCGAACUCGACGAUUUCCCCAAAGACCAAGUGUCGACAGAUCACGCCAGCACCCUGCGCGAUCCAGCCAUGCACACCGUCGAGAAUCAGGCCAAGUACUACUAUGCGCGGAUCGUUGAGGAGCUGGGCCGCGUGGGCAGCACCAAACCCUGCAGCGCGCCGUUCAACAUUUUGGGCUACUCCUACGGCGGGCACGUCGCGGUCGAGGUGGCGUGCCUCGCGCAGCGUGAUGGCUGGGCCGUCAAUCUCUUCGUGCUUGACUCGUCGGUGCAUCCCGUGAAUGACGGGGCGCUGACGCGGGCGAAGAUCGAUGAUAUCGCGCUUACGAUCAUUCCGAUGGCGAUGGGUGUGGUUGGGCUGCAACUGGAAGACAUGGGCGAGCAGGGCGUGCUCCUGAAGCGCGACAUCGAGGACCGCACCCUCACCAACAUCCAUGCGCUGUACGCGCAUGCGAUGCCGCGGUACGAGGGGCACGUCACACUGUUCCACACGGAGUCGAACGUAGACCACGGCUUCGUUCCGCUCGUUAACUCGGUGGAUGCGAUCCUCCUGCACGGCAACCACUUCCGUCUGCUCGAAGGGUCUGAGUCUGUAUCUGUGAUCAGUGCCAAGGUUUCCGCAGUCCUUAACGCUUAGGUCUCGUCGUCUCUGCUCAGUUAUAUCUUUUGUACAUCUGGCUGUAUUACAGCUUUCGCUGUAUAAUUCAACAUCGAGUCUAUCUUCAUCGAGAUGCGGAUAGUUCAUCUACCCGU